GACACCCAGGACUCCAAGAUGGCGUCGCCCGUACCAGUGAAAGAGAAGAAGCUCAUGGAUGUGAAGCUAGGAGAGCUGCCAGGCUGGAUACUGAUGCAAGAUUUCACCCCUAGAGGCAUUGCUGGUGCAUUUCAAAGAGGUUACUACCCAUAUUACAACAAGUAUGUCAAUGUGAAGAAAGGGAACGUUGCUGGGAUUUCUAUGGUACUGGCAGCUUAUGUGCUUUUCAACUAUUGUCGGUGUUACAAGGAACUCAAACAUGAGCGUCUACGCAAGUACCACUGAUGAGGGCCCAGUGUGGAGGCACAUUUGGCAUUCCUGACCAUGACCUUUGAAUCCUUUCAUAGCCUAAUUCAGAAUUAAUGUCCAAUAAAAGAUGA